CAGCUAGUUCUUCGCAUGGUGGUCGGUACAAAGGUGUACGACAAGCUUCGAGAGGAAUGGCUGAGGACCAGACUGGUGAAUGGCAUUGGGAUGAUGUCCCCACAUGCCCAAACCAGCAAGGUUGAAUCAUUCCACAACAUCCUCCUUCACUUUUGCCCCAAGUUGCUUGUAUACUCAUAUCAAGGGAUGAAGUGCAGAUUAUAUUUGGCUGUCCUACAUUGGAACGAAAAUUGUGAUAGAGCCCAGGCUGUUGAUGCCGAAGGGAACCCAGUGUACAGGUUGAAGUAUCCACGCUCGAAGGAAGGAGGCCACACAGUGGAGAGAGUGCUGACAGCUGGCACAUGUGGUAAGUAGCCACAUGUCUAGUGAAUGAUAUCAAUAUUCAACAAAAGAGCUCAAUUAUAUAUAGAAAUCUUUUAUUACUUCAUGAUCAAUAGAAUUCAAAUUAGUAGAUUCUUGUGGCCUAUAUGCCCUUAAUUUAAUCUGUUGAUUAAAUUGAUAAUUAUAAACAUGUAUUGGGUUACUUUCUGCAAAUGUGUAAUAUUGAAUAGCAAGCAGAAACAGGCAUAUAUGUCAGUCCCCAAGUCAGUGAACUACCUAUUCAGCAAAGAACAUGUGCAUGCCAUUGGUAUUUGAUUGGUCAUCCACCUACAAAUAGUGUGUAAAAUUAGGUAAUUCAAUAU